AUGGCGGACUACACCAAUACAGAGUUAAUUUCCAUGUUUUUUGAUGAUGAAUUUAAUCCAUCGGCAUUCAUCAAUAUGCUAAUUCACAAGGUAACUAGUGGAAGCCAAGCUUACUCCAAAACAUCCCUAUCCAAAGUCUCCCAUACUAUAAACCAGCUAACAACCCAUUUGGACUAUACGAUAACUGAUAUUGCCACGAACGAGUUACAAAACAAAUUAACCAUUUUGGAAAACUCAAACUCUCUCAUAAAUUCAUCUAAACUAGAUGAAGAUGAACACGAGUCAUUGGAAACAACUCGUUUACAAUACUAUAUAAACAUACUAAAUAAUUCAAUUUUCACUCUUGGUGCUGAACUUGCAGAAAUCAAUAAACAAAUUGAUGCUUCAAACGAAAACUUAAACAAUGAAUCUAUACAAACUUUGAUCCAAUUGAAACAAGUCAAGACAAAUCUAUCGCAAGUUAUUCAAGUGUUUGAAGACAUUAUUCAACUUUUAUCCAAAAACAAUAUUGAAAAAACAACCUUUUCAGUUGAAGAAUUUCAACAAGUUCUUAAUGAUUUGUUGGAGUCUAUCAAAUUAGAAUUAAAUACCCAAAAUUCCGCUCCAAAAAACAUUCUACUAAACCAUAUUGACAAGUUGAUUCAAAUGCAGGAUCUAUUUACAAAUAUGAGUCAUUUCAACUCCCCGUUUAAAAAAUUCAUCUCACGCUUGAUUAUAGAGAAGGAACAAUUUAAAUAA